ACAUGGCUCCUGAGAUGAUCCACCCAUCCGGAGGCGGAGGCCGUGUCGAGUACGGCUACAAGGUGGACAUGUAUGCGUUCGGCAUACUUUUACUCGAGCUCUCGUUGAGAGUCCCUGAGGGGUCGCGCUGGAUAGAAUGUGUUCCGCCGUCUGUAGACGGCGGCAGCGCCAGUCUCAACGCUGCCGUUGAGCUUGUUGACAACCAUGAGGCGCGCCACCUCAUCGCUCAGCUUAUCCACCGCGACCCGAGUAAGCGUCCGAGCUCGGCAUCUUUCCUUAUCUCAGGACCGGCCAUCUUUCCAACUUCGCGUGACUGCAUGUUCAGGCGGCAUAAGUUCUGCAAAAUCGGAGCAGGUCAGCAGCCCGCACUGGCAACGUCCCAUUAG